CGGUUAUUAGAGUGAUAUCCGCGGUACUACUAAUACACAAGGGUAGCAUACUAGCUGCAGCUUAAAUGUCGCAGGCUUCAUAUGAUAACGCUUUCCACGGAGCCUCCGGGAACUACAAUCACCUCUGCGAUCUUCCUCAACAACUCACCCUUUCCACAUUCGUCGGUUCCUUCCUUUAAUAGAAAUUACUCGGAGGAACUUUCUCGUCUCUCACGAGCAACAGGCCAUGGCCGACCAGCUCCGCGCCCUCAUCACCCCCGCACUCCUCAACCUCGUCGUCGACACCGUGAUCCCCUUCUCACCAACUGAACCUCUCGACUUCGCGAUUAUUGCUGGCAACCUCCUCGGGGCUGGACCUCCUCUCGCCAGCGAUGUCGUCCAAGCAGUCUGGCCUAUUUUGGUAUCUCUAAGCAAGCUGGGCUUGGGCAACAUCCCUGACCUGACCACCUUCCUCCCGCCCAGCUCCGACCCGCAGUUCCCCCGGCAGGCGCUCGGCUUGCAGCUCCUCGUCGACCAGAUGCCGCGGCGCCUUUGCAAAGGAAUUGAUGCGCGCUGGACGAAUGCCUACUUCGACGUCAUCAGCCUUCGGUACGCCCAGACACUCGACGCUCUGCCCGUAGAGGUGGCCGAGAAACCGGCAUCCUGGGGCCGGUGGAAGGCGCUGGGGACCACCCUUGGCUACUGGGUGCUCGUGCGGACCUGGUUUGUUGCACCGUUUGUUCACACCGAUCAGGUCGCAAUCCAGGAACGGGCGUUGGCUCUCACGGAAGAGACGCGGCGGCAGGUGGAAGAGGUGACGCGGACUACGGAUCCGUACCGCGCACAGCGGGAAGCGAUCCUAUCGGAUGUCUACGGCUUUCCGCGCGUGUUUGCUGCAGGACCGCCGAAGGAGGUGGCCACGGUGCAGGACUACACGUAUUGGAUGUGUAUGCUGAUGGAUGUCCACAAGCCGAUUGUGGACAGGUUCGGGCGGUAUCCGUAUCGGAAUGCCUACUUUGGGAGAGAUGAUACGCCCGAAGAGGAGGAGUGGUUUGAGAGGACAGGAGGCUUUGCUCGGCCCUCGCCGGAGGUGAGGGAGCGGCUGAGGCGGGAUAUUGAUGCCGGAGUCUGGCUUCCGUUGGGUGCUGAGAAGAGUGGAAGAUGAACGUUAGGAUGCCACGACACAGAGGGGUGACUCCAUAGCAGAUCACCUACAAUAGGCU